CAUCAUCUUAUGACGAAGGCUUGUAAUAUAGAUAAGACACUCACAGUAUCCGGUCAGACCGUCGUUGCUAACUUCCAAUAGAUUGGGAGAGUAUUUAUCAGGAGAUGGAUAGCUCCGAAGAUUCCAAGGUAAUAGCAGACCACCUUACUCAAAGAAUGAUGCCGCAAGUGCCCAUGGCCUAUAUCAACGGCCGGCAGUGGUAUAGCAGAACGCGUCCUGUGCCUCCUGAGCCUGCAUAUCUGGCCUGUCGUCCUCGUCGUCUCCCUAAUCAACAUGGAGCGGUUGGAGAUGGUCUUCCCCAGAAGUCAGCGUCAGCUUCAGGUUCCGCCCGCCAGGAUCCGGAAAGAGAUCUGACUCCCUACACGAUGAAAGCAUCACCACAUUUGACAGACUUAUUUCCUUCUGAUGGUCAACCCGUGCCCACAACACUAGCGGAACUAGUAGCCUCAUCUAUUGCUGGCGAAGACCCUAUGCUCGAAAUAUCAGUAGGGGCAAUAACCCCAUCUACUUCUGACGGAGAUCCUCAUCCUGACUCAGAAGAGCCAACUGGACUCGGCCAGGAAACGAAAUCGCUGUACCUCAGGGAUUGGAAAUCCUCACUUUCUUUCAAGCAUGAUUCCCUCACCGACUGUGGUUCUGUCGCUAUUCCUGCACAGCUGCAUCCAUUCAACUAAAACAGGCGAAUGUUGCAAUUUAAGGUGCGACAGGCGUAGAGGAAAGGAAUAUAUAUCAAGGGUUGUGGAGCAAUACUUCCAUCGUGGGCUGGUCAUACUUAUUGCAGUUGCCAUUAUAGCUGGAAGUUAUUUCCCCACCCCCAAGUCUGCACUAUUCAUAAGAUGUAUAGUUUAGCUGUAUUAGACGAGGCUGGUCGAAGUGGG